GGUAACAGAUACUAGUGCAACAUGGUCUGAAUCCACAAGUGCUGAAACUGAAUCAACACCCUCAGAAACAACUGUGGAAUCCACUACAAUGGAAACAGAUACUACUACAGUAUUACAUGGAUCUACAAGUGCUGAAACUGAAUCAACACCGUCAGAAACAACUGUGGAAUCCACUACAAUGGAAACAGAUACUACUACAGUAUUACCUGGAUCCACAAGUGCUGAAACUGAGUCAACACCCUCAGAAACAACUGUAGCAUCCACAACAAUGGGAACAGAUACUAGUGCAACAUUGUCUGAAUCCACAAGUGCUGAAACUGAAUCAACACGUGAAGAAACAUCUGUGGGAUUGACUACAAUGGAAACAGAUACUACCACAGCACCUUAUUCUCAAUCCACAAGUGCUGAAUCUGAAACAACACCCUCAGAAACAACUGUGCAGCUCACUACAAUGGAGACAGAUAGCCCUUCAGCACCAUCAGCAUCUACAAGUUCUCAAGCUGAAACAACACCUUUGGAAACAACGUUUGACUCCUCCACUAUAUCAAAUACAUUUUCAACUGAGCCAACACCCAUUGGUUUCCAAACAACUGUGGAAUCCACAAUAGUUACAACAAAUACAACAAACAAUUGGACCAUGGUUUCCUGGAGUACUGAAACCCAAUCUCUCACCACUGAAGGAGAUCUCAUCACCACACAGGAUUUUGAAAUGAAUUCUAGUAGUUCAUCAGCAAACUGGACAACAAAUUUGCAAACUUCAGAAAGCCAUUCUGAGGAAACAUCAGUGCUACAAAUGAAUGCCACUACUGAGCUGGUGACUGAUUUCAUCAACAGUACAACAAAAAGAACCACAACCACCAGAAGACCCACAACAACUACAACUAGACCAGUCACCACAGUUCCUACUAAAAAGGACUGCCCUAAAGCCUCACUGCCCCAGUUGGAGUCAGGGUAUUUCUUUCCAAGAACCCCUGGAGGCACUUGGAAACUAAAGGAAUGCCCUAAUGAAUGGCAAGGAACAGCCAGUUGGUUCUGCAGAUUGGAUGGGAAAUGGCAAGGGCCUGUUCCUGACCUAAGUGACUGCACAAAUGUGGACUUUGGUUCAGCCAUUGACCAAGUUGAAAAUGCCAACAAUGUGUCAGAGGUGUUGGUGAAUUUGACAACCACAAUUUCCAGCUCAAAUGGUGGACUGGCAGGAGGAGACUUGUCUGGACUAAGUGAUCUACUUGCCUUGGCUGGAGAAAGGCAAGAGCAAGUUCUUGCAGCAGCCCCAGAUGAUCAGAAGCUGACAAUUGCUACUCAGUACAUUCAGUCAGUCAGUAAACUUAGUGGAACAGCCUUGAAGAACCCAUCCACUUGGGAAGGAGCUGAAGAGCAGGUGAAGCUGUAUGCAGCCAGUGAAGUUCAAAUUCAGUUGGAAAAGGCCUCUGCCACUUUGGUUGAUUACUUGGAACCUGGAAAAGAGAUUAGCAUCAAAGAAGAGAGUCAUGACCUUGUUGUGAGGAAGUUCCUGAGAGAAGAUAUAGGAAGGAGACUUGACGUCUCAAAUGCCUUGACUUUUAUGUACAAUGGGACUGUGAUCAGCUUGGAUCCCCAAUGGGUUCUCAGUAGUUUGGCUGACACAGAAAACUUCACCAAAGUGUCAUUCUUUGGAUUCAGAGAUAUGCACAGGAUCCUGAAAAGCAAAAGGGCAUCAGAGUCAAGUCCCUACAGAGUUCAAGGAGUGAACACUCAGGUGGUGGGAGCCAAGCUGACUUCUGAUUUGAUGUCUGGGAACACUUCACAGUCAUCUGAACUUGCUGUCAAUAUGGUGUUCCCCAUUUUGAAGUAUUUCAAUGUGUCUGCAGAAAACAAUGUGAUUUCUUGUUCUUAUUGGGACAACAACUUGACUGAUUGGUCAGCUGAAGGAUGCAACACAACAUUUCUUGUUGAUGAAGGAACAGUUAUGUGUUCUUGCACACACUUGACCAAUUUUGCUGUUCUCAUGGAUGUUGCUGACAUGAUACCUGAGGCACUGGAAAGGUUGCUAACUUGGAUCACAAAUAUUGGCUGUGGAAUUUCAAUUGGAUGUUUGUUGCUCACAACUUUGGCAUACACCUUUGUGAAGAAUAUCACAGAGAACCACUGGACAAGGGUCAUGAAUGUAAACCUGUGCAUUAGUCUGAUGACUGCCCAACUGCUUCUGGUAUUUGGCUUGGAUGCGACAAGCAACCAAAGAACAUGCAAGAUUAUAGCUGUUUUCAUGCACUACACCUUUUUGGUGUCUGGGGCAUGGAUGCUUAUGAAAGGCAUCAAUCUUUAUAUGAUGACAACCAGAAUUUACAGGCCAACUAAGCGUCAGAAGCUGUCAAUGGCGUUAUCCUGCUAUGCAUUUCCUGCAAUAAUUAUUGGCAUCACUUAUGCUGCCACACUUGGCAAUGCGUAUGGGAAUGAGCAAUAUUGCUGGCUGAAUGAAUUCUCAAUGAUGGGAUUCAUUGUUCCCAUCACCUGCAUUGUUUGUGUAAAUUACGUUGUGUUAAUUCACACGGUCAGAAUAGCAUGGAAGAAGAUGAUCAAGGAGAAGAAUGAUGGACACCAAAGUUACUACCUUUCCAGCACUGCCCAAGUGUCCCAAUUUUCCAGUGGAACAAGCCAAAGGACUAAUAAGAAAGUAGACCCGCCUCCAGCCAUCAGCCCAAAAAGGAGAAUAAAAUUUGCAGCCGCAACUUUCGCAUUGGCAUCUUUCCUGGGGAUUUCCUGGAUAUUUGGCGUCAUUUUCGUCUUGUCACCAAGUGCGACCACUGCCAUUCUUUUCGCCAUAUUUGGCUCCUUCCAAGGCUUUUUUAUUUUCGCUACAAAUAUCUUUGGAUUGGAGACUCCAAGACGAGCUUUGAUGAAUGUCAUGCAAGUUCAGGACAUGCGACUUGGUUUCUCUGAGGAAACUAAGGCUAAGUUUGGUGUGUCAUCCAAGUCUCGAUCGCGGGCCACAGAUUCUACAGCUAAUUUGCAGUCUUCCUCGGGUGCUCAAAAGGUUGAAGCUCUUGAUGAGCAACCAGGCACCAGAGGUCAGUUGAAAAUAAUGCAGCAAGACAGCCAAUGCAGAACAUUUUCUCCCAUCAUCUACCUCAUCAAUUCCAAGCAUGAAUCCUUGUGCAGUGAGCAGAGUCAAGCAAAGGUUCACAUUGACAACCCUGAUCCAAACGUUUCCUCCCAGGGUUUUGACAAAAGCAUAUGCAGCUCCACUCAUGAACAAUGUGUACAUGGACAGGGCAUUCCCAGCUAUCAGCCACCAGGUCCGCAAAUGCUGCCCUUGCUUGACCAGGCUGCUGUGUUAGUGUCCCAGAAGACACACCUGAUGUAA